AUGGACAUGGCUCCGCCCAUCAUUCCCGAACCACGUCCAUCCUCGACGACCCGGACAGAAAACAACCUCCACAAUCCUCUUCCACUGUCUGCAUCUCAAGAGUCCGAGGUGCGCAAACUAUACUAUGCUCGUGUCCGGACAAGAUGUGCCGACGAGAUCAAACAAUUCGCGGAUUGCGCGCGAGGACGCACGUUUAGCGUGGCUUGGACCUGUCGAGCCGAACACCGUGCAAUGAACAGCUGCAUGAUCCAAUUCGCGACCAAAGCCGAAGAAGAUGCCGCGCGAGAGGAGUGGUUCGCCGGCGUGCUGGAGCGAAGGCAGAAACGCGAGGAAGAGCUUGUCGCCGUGGAAAAGAGAAGAGCCGAAGUCAUUGAGAUGACCAGGAAGCAAGAGGAAAAGGAGCGGAUAGAGAUGGAAAGGAAGCUCGCCGAGAAGCAAAAACUUAAACAGGAGAAGCAGAGCGGAGGAUCUUGGUGGCGGUGA